UCGCAUUCAUGGAUGGAGUUUAUCGAGAAACAAAAAAAAAAAUCUAAUACUUAUGCCGAAUGAUUUAUACAGCUGGAAGAGAAGUACAUUUCCAUAACAACACUUCCCGCGGACCCCCAAUUACCCCGGCUUUCCAGAGAGCCAAGCGUGAUGACGUGAUGGCUGAAAAAGCACGCGGGAGGAGACGGAGACUGGUGCUCGACUGUCAUUCGCGGACCAAAAACCGGACUGGACUUUAUUUCAAUAGAUAUCCGUGUAGUGUAGAGCUGUUUUAGCGUAUUUUGCGAGAGUUUAAACACGGGACAUACUUAAUAUACCCGGAUCCAAGGUUAACAAUACUCGUGCGACUUGGAAAGAGAUUUAUUCACACGAGAACUCCCGACGCGUUUGCUCUUACUAAAAUAUACGAGGCAACUUAGCUUUCCGUUCCAUUUUAAUUUUGUUUCUUUAUUCGACCAGUUUCUAUUCAUUCGCUGGUCGCUUUCUAAACGGAUUUAAACGCUAGCUAGUCCAGUAAAAAUGGGUUUGCACCCGUUGGAGUUCAGUGAAUCUUACCUGGACAGUCCUGCUUUCAGGGAUAAAAUCAAAGCUCAUGAAGCAGAGCUGGACAAAACCGGCAGGUUUAUCAAAGAGCUAUAUAAAGAUGGGAAGAAUCUCAUCAAUGCCACAAAACAGCUUUCAUUGGCCCAGAAGAAGUUUGCUCAGUGCCUGGGUGAGUUCAAAUUUGAGUACAUUGGUGAUGCUAAAACUGACGAUGAGAAGUGUAUUGAUGAAUCAUUGCAAGAAUUCUCCUCCUUUCUCAGAAACUUGGAAGACCAAAGAGAUCUUAUGAUGAGAAACAUCACAGAGACACUGAUGAAGCCUUUAGAAAAGUUUCGGAAAGAGCAUCUCGGCUCAGCAAAGGCAGAGAGAAAGAGGUACGAGAAGGAAACCGAGAAGUACUACAGCUCACUAGAGAAACUUUUGAACAUUUCAGCAAAGAAGAAAGAGCCACAAUUACAGGAGGCGGACAUGUCGGUGGAAGCGAUGAGACAGCACUUUCAGGAGUCGUCUCUGGAGUACGUUUGCAAGCUGCAGGAGAUACAGGAGAGGAAAAAGUUUGAGUGUGUUGAGCCUAUGCUGGCGUUCUUUCAGACUGUAUUUACUUUCUAUCAUCAGGGAUAUGAGUUGGCCAAAGACUUUGACCAUUAUAAAAAGGCCCUUCAAAUCAAUAUUCAGAAUACACGGAGUCGUUUUGAGGGCACGCGCUCUGAGGUGUACGAGUUAAUGAAGAGAAUCAAAGAGUCGCCACAGGAAUACAGACAGACCAGCCCCAUCAGCAGCGAGGGCUAUCUUUACGUACAGGAGAAACGACCUCCUCCUUUCGGAUCCAGCUGGGUGAAACGCUAUUGCACAUUUGUCAAAGAACAGAAAAUUCUACACAUGAAGACAUUUGACCAGAGAUCAGGCGGGAAGCUUGGUGAGACAGAAUCUGUUACAAUCAAGUCUUGUGUCCGCAAAACCACAGACACACUUGACAGGAGGUUCUGCCUAGACAUCGAGAUCACAGAUCGACCAAGCACAGUGCUGACGGUCCAGGCACUCUCAGAAGAUGACUACAGAUUCUGGAUGCAUGCGAUGGGAGGAAAGGAGUCGGUCAUGAGACUUCAAAAAAAAAAUACCUUGCAGACUUCAAAGUUUUGAACAGUAGUGUAUACGUUGGAUGAUUUGGGGAUAACCUUUGUGAAAAAUUCAAUAAAUGCCGUUGAAACCAGAGGUAUUAAUGAUCAGGGUCUGUACAGAGUGGUCGGGGUCAGUUCAAAAGUACAGAAGCUUCUCAGUUUGAUGAUUGAUGAGAAGAGUAGUGAAAUAGAUUUAGCAGCCAGUGAGGACUGGGAUGUCAAAACCAUCACCAGUGCUUUAAAACUUUACCUGAGGAGCCUUCCAGAGCCACUAAUGACAUACGAGCUUUAUAAGGAGUUCAUCGUCCCUGCAAGAGUUGUCAUAUAUGUUACCAAGCAUCUUGCCAAUGUUGCUGCCAACAGCAAACAGAACCUGAUGACAGUGGCGAACCUUGGGGUAGUGUUUGGCCCCACGCUCAUGAGGCCGCAGGAAGAAACGGUGGCAGCCAUUAUGGACCUCAAGUUCCAGAACAUUGUGGUGGAGAUUCUCAUAGAACAGCAUGAAAAGAUAUUCGGGCAUGCUCCGAGCAGCUCUCCAUCCUUAGCAACUGCACACCUCUUUGCACCAACCAGACAGUCCAAGAGGCUCAGCCGACAGAAUCGCCCGCUGGCUGUAUACAACCCGCAGGUGCUGGAUAUUCAAACAGUCUCUCCAUCCUCUGAGAGUCCAGCCCUGGUUAAUGAUGAGACAUCAGUGGGCAGUAAUGAGUCGGUCUCCUCCCAGUCUUCGAACGCCUCUGGAACGCCCCCCGAGAAAUCUAAAAAUCAUCACGCCACCAUUAGCUCAUCCCUGCCAGAGACCACUGGGAUAUGUACUGCCACAGCUUCAUGGAUGAAUUCUGCCUCCCCUGCCUCAGUUACACCGGUGAAACCUGGAUCUGUAGGAACUGAGAAGAAUAAACCUGAGGAAAGUGUCACCCUCAUGAAAGCAAAGGCUGUGUACCCCUGUGAGGCUGAACACGAUUCUGAACUCUCUUUCCAGGUUGGCGCAAUCUUCCAUGACGUGACACUCUCCAGGGAGCCCGGAUGGCUGGAGGGUGUGCUGGAGGGAAAGCGAGGACUCAUCCCUGAAAACUAUGUGGAUAUACUGUAACUCCGAAAAGAACUAUCCUCACACUUCUCUUUAUAUACAUGGUAUCCAUGGUCUCGGCGGCUCUUUCACAGUGGCACUGCUUGUCGUUCCUCCUUCCUUCUCCACACUAAAGACAUUGAGAGACACAGAUGUUGCUAGCACAGGAAUUAAGUUCAAGUAUAAGCUCAAAUGUGCUGUAUACAUACAAGAGACUGCACUUUUUAGAGUUUGGAAAUGUAAAUAUGUGUGGGAAAAUAUGCAUCCGUCAUUGUGACUUUGUUGUCCUCUUUUGUUUGUUUUUUGUUUGCUUUUUAAAUCGCAUGCCUCGUAAUUUUAGCCAAGUAGUUUGAGUUGUUUAGCAUUAGUAUACUCAAAGAUGCCUUGAGUAUCUUUGCAUUAAAUAUUAUAAAGUUGCAUUUAAUUGGGCAUGUGAUGAUGUAUAAUGGUAAACAUGAGGAAACGUGUAACAAUAUGACAGUGCAGUGAACGUUGUCAAUUUGGAGGGGAAAAAAACAAAGUUUUGUGUCUUGGUUCAUUGGAACACUAGAUUGCUUAGAAAUGUAGUGCUUGUCGGUUAUUGAUAUUGAAAUUGGUAUGCGAUUAUUAAAUAUUUUGCAUUGAUUAAAACUGAUGCAGUGCCUUAAAUUUAUUACGCAUGGCAUGCGAGACGCUGUUCAGUAAUUCGAACAGAGCAUUUUUUUUAUUUAUUUUGUUUUUUUUUGCUAUUCUGUAUAUAGGUUUUAAUGUUAUGUUGAAGAACAGAGACCGAUAAAUAAAAAGUAGCCCAUACAAUGACGUAAAAUUAAAUAUUGCCAAGUCUUACAUCUGUGUUGUAUACAUAGAAUUAUUUUUGUGCAAAGAAACUUAAAAGCCAAGAGCUUUCCCUCUUUAAGUGGUUAAAAGUUUACCACAUUAUUUUUGCAGAAACCUGAAAAAUGGCAGGACUUCACUGAUGUUUAAUGAGACCAUUUUCAUUUUUCUAAGAGCCGUUGUUCCACAGGUUCAAAUUUGUGACUGAGCGUUUCUGCUGUGAUUUAAGACAGUGAUUUAUGACCUCUGCAAAGGUCUUGGCAUUGAUAUCAUUUUUUUUUCCCAUGUUGAACUUCUUGUUGAUCAAUGUUAAAUAAAGUAUUUUAUUCUAAUAUCUUGUUUUUCAUUUUUAUUUAUAUGCCAAACUAAAUGUCUAUAAUUAAUGGAAGUCACAUGCUGCAGGGCCCCCUAAUGUGCUUACUGGGAAAUAAACUAAAACAUUUGUGAUAUGACUGUUGUUUAAUGAAAAAUAAAAUAAGAUUGUGUGUAAUUUUCUUAAU